AUGCGAAGUAAUAAGGUGAUCAGGUAUACCUAUAGGCAAGUUAUAUCAAUCACCCCACGCCCAAUAUACUCCGCCUGCCCUCUUAUUUCUCGAAUUAGUACUCUAUCGAAGCAGACUAAUAGACAUCUCCAAUCUACUCAAAAAAAGCCAAACCCUCUCUCUUUCUCCAACUUUCAAGGCGGUUAUCUCCCAUCUCUUACUAUCUCAAUGGCAACCGAAGCAGAGAAUCCUUCAACCGCCGCCCCCACCACCACUGUUGAAGAUAACCCUAGCAAAACCCUAGACACGGCUGCUCCUGCUUCUACCAAGCCAGAUCAAGUCGAAGAUUCUUCCAAUACUGCAUCAUCGGCAGUUGACUCAGCUACGGAAGGGCCUAAGCAGGACGCCGAUGAUUCAAAGAGCGCUGCCCCGGCCACCGACACCGAGAAGAAGAUUCGCCGUGCUGAGCGGUUUGGAAUUACUGUUCAGCUUUCUGAGCAAGAGAAACGCAAUUCUCGUGCUGAAAGGAACAUGUUUCUGGCAUUUGAAGAUGUUUUUUUGGGGAAGGGGUUGUCUCUAGCGUUCUUUUGGGAGCUUAACUGGUGGUUUCGUGAAGUAGUGCUAAGGUGGUGUGCAUCUGGCUUGAUCUGUUAUUCUGUUCAUAAUUCUAAGUGGAUAAUAGAAGCCAAUAAAACUAGGUUUGGCACUAAAUCCACAUCACAGCAGUCAGAGUCAGACUCAGUGAAGAAAUCAGAGGAGCUGAAGAGGAAGGCUAGAGCAGAGAGGUUUGGGAUUCCUGUGCCACCCACAGCUACUGAUGAGGAGGCAAAGAAGAAAGCUCGUCUUGAAAGAUUUGCAUCAUCUCCUAAAAUAGAUGCACUGGAAGAAGACAAAAGGAAGGCAAGGGCUCUCAGGUUUUCACAAAGUUCAUCUGGUUCUCUAUCAAUGAAUGGCAAUGGGGAUCUUGAACCCAUGCAUGUGCUACUUAUUGCUGCUGUUCAACGGUUGAUCAUGAAGUGUAUUUCCAAAAUUGACAUAUUUGACAUUGAUUUGAGUAUAUUGAAGGGAUUCAGAAUUUCUGAUAUUCUUUCUGGUAUUUUGAGAUCAGUGAACACUUCAAAGGUGUUAGUGAUUUUUUUUGGCCUCAUGAUGAAUUGCUCUGCAAGCCCUCGCCCUAGUAGUGAUGUAGUUUCUGAUAUGCCAGAUGCUAGAAAUGAUAUUCAGACGGAGACAGGGUGUCUUGUUUGUGAAAUCAUUGCAGGGGCUCCAAUGGAGUUGGUGUGA